UGGCACCCUGUGCUGCGUCACAUGCACAUGGCCGCGCCGCUGCAGUGCGCGGCCCCGCGAGUGUCACAUUAUGAUGUAAAAAUAGAGCUUCCGACACACAAAGGGAGGCUCUGCCCGGCGGAGCAGAACAACCCUGAAUUCGAGAUUGUUGAUCCAGCAUCCCUGUGAAGUUCCCUGGAGAGCAGUCCAGCAAGGAGCCACAGAGGGGAAAGUCUUCAACCGCAGAUCUUCCAUUAGCGUUCAACCCAUCAGCCCAAGGAGGGCAUACUCUGCCAACCACCUCUCUGUUGAAAGACUCCUGCAUUAUUUUUUUUUCUGGAUUUCCGUGCUGGGAAGUCUCAGAUCCAAACCCUUUGCAGCUUGUCUCCUUUGCAGCUUCCCCUACGCUUGCUGCUGUCGGUCUUGUAAACUUGUGAAUUGAGGUUCAUACUAAGGCACGCUUCUCCAGAGAUCCAAGUUAGAACGACUGAUCCGGAUCUGAGAUCGGUGUCAGUUCUGUUACAGUUCCACAAGGACGUUCUGGAGGUUCUCAUCAGCAGUCAAGAUAAUAAUGUACCGGACCUAUAGGGCUGCCUUUCCUAGUGGGAUGGGUACACUGAUUUUGCGUCGUUUAUGAAAAUGUUAGUGUUAGUUUCACGGUCUGCUCACUGCCACAUCUUGCGCACAUUGGGAGAAACUGGCGUCAACACCUUCGUUCUAGAUGGAUUUGAUACGGGUUGCCUGCUGGAACAAGAGAGAUUUGUAAAUAAAUAAAUAAAUAAAUAAAUACAGCGUCUUGAUGAAGCCUUUAUUUAAUCACCGCUUGCGAAAAUUAAGACGGUAGUGUUUGGAGGGGAGGAAUACGCUUGAUUGGACCCUUGCUUUGGAAGAUUCCUUACUGCUUCCUGGCCUCCGAGACUCGAGUGUGGUUUUAUUUAUUUAUUUUUUGAUUUUCCUCAAGGCGUGAAGAUGGAUUUUUACCUCUUCCCGUUCGACAGUCUGAUCUGCAUCCUCCUGGGGAUAUCUUUCACUGUUUGGUUUACUCUGCUGCUGGUUUUUAUAAUCGUCCCUGCCAUCUUCGGAGUCUCCUUAGGCAUCCGAAAAUUAUACAUGAAAACGCUGCUUAAAAUAUUCAAGUGGGCGACGCUCAGGAUAGAGAGGGGAGCCAAAGAAAAAAACCACCUCCUUUAUAAACCCUAUACCAACGGCAUCAUUGCCAAGGAGCCCAUGUCCCUGGAGGAGGAGAUCAAAGAGAUCCGGGGCAGCGGCAGCAGCAAAGACCUGAGCAGCCCCGAGUUUGAGAUGAGCGACAUCUUCUACUUCUGCCGCAAGGGCGUGGAGAGCAUCAUGGACGACGAGGUGACCAAGCGCUUCUCCCCGGAGGAGCUCGAGUCCUGGAACCUGCUGACCCGCAGCAACUACAACUUCCAGCACAUCAGCCUGAGGCUCACCGUGCUGUGGGGGCUCGGGCUGCUCAUCCGAUACUGCUUCCUGCUGCCUCUCAGAGUGACUCUGGCAUUUACUGGAGUGGGACUUUUGGUGGUUGGAACUACUAUGGUGGGGAUUUUGCCGAAUGGGAGAUUCAAAAACUUCCUGAGUGAAAAAGUCCAUCUGAUGUGCUACCGGAUCUGUGUGCGAGCCCUGACUGCUAUCAUUACCUACCAUGACAGUGAGAACAAGCCUAAGAACGGAGGGAUUUGCGUUGCGAACCACACCUCCCCCAUCGACGUGAUCAUACUGGCCAGCGACGGCUGCUACGCCAUGGUGGGGCAGGUCCAUGGGGGGUUAAUGGGAAUCAUUCAGAGAUCCAUGGUGAAGGCGUGCCCGCACAUCUGGUUCGAGCGCUCCGAAGUUAAAGAUCGCAACCUUGUGGCCAAAAGGUUAAGUGACCACGUGGAGGACAAAACCAAACUGCCCAUCCUGAUAUUCCCAGAAGGGACCUGCAUCAACAACACCUCUGUGAUGAUGUUCAAGAAGGGGAGCUUUGAGAUCGGAACGACAAUGUAUCCAGUGGCCAUUAAGUAUGACCCUCGGUUUGGAGACGCUUUCUGGAACAGCAGCAAGUUCGGAAUGGUCAGUUACCUCCUGAGAAUGAUGAGCAGCUGGGCCAUCGUCUGCAGCGUGUGGUACCUGCCCCCUGUGACCAGAGAGGAAGGAGAAGAUGCGGUGCAGUUUGCAAACAGAGUCAAGUCCGCAAUCGCCAGGCAAGGCGGUCUGGUGGACUUGCUGUGGGAUGGGGGACUGAAACGGGAAAAAGUAAAAGGCACUUUCAAGGAGGAGCAGCAGAAGCUGUACAGUAAGAUGCUGGUCGGAAAUCUGGAAGACCGCAGCCGAUCUUGAGAAUUCCGUGUGGGAGAGGGUGCGGAAUUCUGGGAAUGACACAUUUGGGAAUACUGGCUUUCUUUAAAAGCUGAAGGCAGACCUUUUUUUUUUUUGUGUACAAAACAAUGGGAGUGUGGGGACACGCCUUUCGACUUCCUCACGUAACUAAAAACAAACAAAAAAAUCUAAAAUACCAACACACAAAAGAAAAUGACUUUGGAAACUUGGAAAGAAACUUGUACCGUAUAAAAAGGGACUGAUAUUGAUUCCUGUAGUUUUUUUUUUUUUUUUAUACAGAGAAGUUACUCCCUUUUUUCUUUUUUUCUUUUUUUUUCAUUAUAUCUGAGUGAAGCUUCACAAAAGGGGAUGGAAAUGUGAAUUAUUUUAAGGAGUAGGGCACAAACAAUUCAUGCCAGAGCCACGAUGUUACUUGCUACUGCAUGAUCUUGUCUAGCUCCUCAUUAUGUUACAGAACCACUGUUGUUCUCCGAAUAGCACAGCACCUUUUUUCCCAUCUAAUAUCUACAUUUUUUUUUUGUUUUCAAUCGCACGUUGUUAUAACUGUUGUCCGCACAGAUGUUAAAUAAGGGGAAACGCUGGGAGCAACAGAGAAUAAAUCUGGAAUGUCAAGUGGAAGGCUGUUGCACGUCUUCACGGUGUGUUUGGGGGGAGUGGAUUCAAUCAAAAACUAAUGCAGCACUGUUUUGGGUUUUCACCGUUCUGUGGUGCCAUUUUAUCAAACCUGCUGUGAACACCAGUCCUUUGUUCUCCAAAAAACACUAAUGUCUGUGUUCCUCUUUGAUAACGCCACAUUUAUUUUUGUAACCAUGAUUCACGAAAAAACAGUUCACUGUAGUGAAAUGUCUGGCUUUUUUUUUUUUGUUGUUCAUUUAAAAAUACGAGCAGGUUGCACAAUGUAUUUCAAUUGAAGAAAGAGAAGUAAAAUGAUACUAAACCGAUAAAAGAACACUGAACUUUUUUUAUAUAUAUAUAAAUGUUCUCUUGCACCAUUUGCUGCACCUAACAGAUUAUUAGUAUUUAAAAUAUUUCUAGUUUUAAUACUUCAUCGCCCAAAUCUUGCCCUCCCUCGAGACAAAUGGGUGCUCUUGUUCUUGAGGAGCCUGCUGGGAUGGGCAAGAUUGCGCUUCCUGUCCAAGUCUUUGUUCCAACCACAGACCUGCAACUGUUUAAUUAAACAAAUUAACCCUCCCUCUAAAGUCCUUCGUGAUUUAAUUUAACCUAUUAAAAAAACUGCAGUGUGUUUAGCCCUCCAGAGUGAAGAUCUGGCACCACAGCUGUAAUGAACAGUGGUGUUUUGAAGCCUCCAUGGAAGGGUCGAAUUGAAACCACAGAAUGCAGCCUUUUUACAAGGAGCAACCCCCCCCUUGUUGCCUUUAAAACUUGUUCAGGAUAGAAGCCAUUGGGGGUGUCUUUUAAUGAUCGAGGCAGAUCUUAACACUCUUUCUCUAUUGAUCUUGCUGGUGAGAUUUCCUAUUAGGGCUGUUUUUUAUUGCCCCCAUAAUGCUUACAAUAAAAAUACAGGGUAAUAAGAUUUGUUAAGUCUGCUCUUUUAGAAAUGCUAAGGUGGUGUUAUUUAGAUCGCAGUUUAGAUUAUUAAAAUAAACCUGGUAUAUA